AUGGGACCAGAUGAAGUCUUUGCACUCAUCAGAUUCCUGUGGUCUACAACAUGCCAGGAGUUUGACCACAACUCCCUGGCGUACGUGGAUGGCUUCUGUGAUUCCCAGAUUACAGAAAAUAAAAAUGAUAACUGUGAAAGUUUAGGACUGAGAGARGUUCAUGUGACACCUGUCACAACAGAAAUCCUCGAUUUCUGCUUCAGUGUGCUCCCUUCCCUCCAGAAUUYAACAUUGUCCGACCUGGAGUCUCUUCUCUACUUGGACUUAACAAGUCUCUCAAAGUGUCAGAUCAACUGAGUGUAAGACGGUGCCUUUCACAGCAACAGACAGCUGAGAACAGGCAAGCUGAUGGGAAACCUGCUCAUGUUUCUGUCUGGUACAGCAUCUGCUGGCCCACAUUCCCUGACCAUCUUAACACAAACAGGAAUAACCAGUAUGUCUUUUAUUCCAGUGACAAAUUUUGGCAGCCUAKAUAUCCUCGUCUUGGGCAGCAACCACAUCUCUUCACUGCAGCUUCUUCCCAAGUUCCCCACUCAUAACCUCAAAUGCCUCAAUUUUCAAAUGAACAAAUGAGAAAUCACAGCAGCAGAUGCCCAAGCUCUGCAGAAGUCCAGCAGUGUAACUCUCAUCCUUAAAGGCAAWGACAUUACAUGCACUGAACUUGGAGCUUUUCAGUCCCCUUUCUGUAGUUGGUUUAUGGACUGUGCUGGCAUCCCUGGGGUGUGGAGACAGAAUCCCAAAGCCCACCCCUUGUGGCUGGAAACUUCACAAUGGAAAAAGGAGCCCUACAAAAGCCCAGAAUUUUUACAAAGCCUCUGUGGCAUCUCCAUCCAGGAUCUCUCUCUGCAGUUACAGCACUUUAAAAAUCCAAAUGCUGACACAUUUCGGGGCUUAACCAGGCCCUGAGAGUUGGACWGAACCUAAACCCACAUCCAUGAGCAGCCCCCUGGCAUCAGCAGCAUGAUCCUASAGGAGAUGUUUUUCAACACAGGCUGCUUCGAGCCCCUCUGCAACACCAGCUGCUCCUUCCCCUCCCUCACCCACCUCCAGGAGGGUAACUCACAGCUUCUGCAGAUGGGCUCUGCCUGUUUGGACAAACUGGCACAGCUCCAACAUCUCCAUUUCAGUCAGAGUCACGCUGACAGCUGUGCUUGCAGCACAGCAAUGAGAGCUUUGAGCAGAYUUCAUUACCUGAACCUGAGGCACAACACACACCUCCAUCUCCAGGAUGGGCUCACUCAGGACAGUGCUAGCCUACAGCUGCUGGACUCAGCAUUCACUCCUAUCCWUAUGAACAAUUCACAGAGCCCUUUCCAAAAUCUGCAUCUCUUGCAAUCAAGUCUUUCCUCCUCCCACGUUAAUAGUAGCAUUCACCUGUUUCAGGGCUUGGAAAACCUCACGUUCUUGGACCUUAGUCAAAAUAACUUUGAGCUGGGGAUCAUGCCAAAGGACAAACUGUCCCAACAACURUCCGAUUCAGAGGUGCUAAUAUUAUCAUCCUGCUAACUGACAAUAGGUAACCAUGUAUUUCACAGCCUCAGGAAGUUGCAGCAUGUUGAUCUGAGUUGCAGAAAACUUUCUGUAUUCAGCACAGAUGCACUUUCAAAUAUCAAGCGCAUCUAUCAGUAUGCCCAUAACAGGAUCCACGUUGUACCAGGUGACCACCUUGUGCCCCUAGAUGGCCACUGUAUAAUCAAUUUAACUACAACCUUCCAGAUUGUGCCUGCYCUAAUACUGGUUUUUAUCACCUGGUACAAGCCACAUAUGGACAAAAUUGAAGACYCUGAAGGAACAAGGUGCUCUGAACCCAAACUGCUACCUGGGAUUCAGCUGGCCACCAUCUCACUCUCCUGUGGGACAAACAAGGCAGCCAUUGCAGUUGUCCUGGUUGUUUCAUCCUGUGGUGCCAUCUUCAUUUAGAGUGCUCGCUAUUUCAAGCAAAAUUACCUGCAACUCUAA